AUGUCGUAUCAAGCGAAACACCAGCGCAGAGAUGUCGAAUCAAGGACGAAGACUAGCGUUUCCACUCGAUCUCUCCUCUUCGGACUUUCUGUCUUGCUGAACGUCGUCUGCUUCGUAUUCAUUUUGCGAAGGUCUCAUGACUUGACCGACGUAUUUUCUCAUGGGAUCUUUUUUGGCGAUAGCUGGUAUACUGGCUUGGAUAAGACUCCCUCCACGAGCAUCGUUGAGGACGCCCCGAUUGAACGAUGCCCUACACCUUCCCCUCAACCAGCUUCUCCACCCGCUCCGAUUAACCCAUGGGCUUCACUGGAGGUUUCUGAAUUUUCACAGAUCGAGGAUUGGCUAUUCGAAGAUGCACGAGGCUUGAAUCUGACUCGAUCUACUCAAUCAGUAUCUUCAGACAAUGUCAUCUUCCUCAUUGAAGCCUAUUAUCCCCCGAAGGAUGAAACACUGGCUUAUCUGGAGGAUCCCGCUUCGUCUCCUUCUCCAGAGAGGUUUGCGAGAGUCACAAUUCAUCAUGGAGGGUGGAAAGACCCUGUUAUCAAAGACUACUUGGUCGGACCCUUACCGAUAACGUCCAGAACGACCAUUCGCCCGCUUGUCGAUAUAUACCAUCGCAAGGAUAUCCCAUUCAACGCGCGCGGUCUCUCUCAAUUGACCGAGCUCCCCCAAUUUCUGGGGAAGGCAGUUGCACCAAUCGCAUCUGCGAUGGAGGAGCUCUUCGGAGGAAGCAUUCGAGGCCAGGAGAACGACACUCUCGUGGCAGGAAUGAGCGGACCGUUCAGUUUUGAUGGCAAGUUCAGGCGUCUAUGGAUGACCUGGAGGAGAAACACUGCAGGGUCUUUCAUCCUCCCAGUAAACUUCUAUCAAUACGUCGACUUCUCUGGGACGGAUCCUUCCCAGUGGAAGAUCCUGAAGACAAUGUACCAUGGACAAGUUUUCCCCACCAUCGACUCCUUCCUCGAAGCCUUCCGCAACGGAACACUUAUCCGGCACAAAGAUCAAGCCGACCCGAAUCUUGACUUGUCAUGGACGCAACGCAAGCGCAUCGGCGUUGACCGUGAUCUCGACAGCCUGCCCGGCCCCCGUUCGGUAUCAUUUUCUGGCUUGCGCUUCAGGGUUGAUCGUGAGCGUCAAUACGUCAGUUGGAUGGGAUGGUGCAUGUAUCUAGGUUUCGACAGGGACAUGGGGCUGAAUUUCUGGGAUAUACGAUUCCGUGGAGAACGUAUCAUCUACCAGCUAGCGCCACAGGAGGCUAUUGCCCAGUACGCCGGAAACGAUCCAAUGCAAGCAACCACCGCGUGGCUUGAUCGUCACUUCGGGAUGGGAAGCAUGGUGCGAAACAUGAUCACGCAUUAUGAUUGUCCACAAGAAGCUAUCUAUCUUCCUGCUACGACUUAUUCGAUUCUUGGGAAUGUCCACGUCGAGAGGGCGAUCUGCAUUUUUGAGCAGGAUACCGGCAAGCCUCUCACUCGGCAUUAUGGGUACGAAGAAGGGGAGUUUGGUGCGGUUAAGUCUUAUGUCCUGACGAUCAGGAGCACGACGACAGUUGGAAACUAUGACUACCGUGAGUCCCACUUUCAUUCAGAAGAAAUUUUGACUAGAGCAUGGAUUUCAAUUCCUCAGUUGUACGUCACGAUUCUGUUCGACUAUCUCUUCUUCUUGGACGGAACAAUAGAAGUGCGCCUUUCUGCUUCAGGUUACAUGCAAGGCGGAUACUGGAACCCAAAACAAGAUGGGUACGGAGCAAGAAUCCGAGAAACAUCUAUGGGUAACCUGCAUGAUCAUGUCAUUAACUAUAAAGUCGAUUUCGACAUCGCUGGGCGGGCGAACUCUGUAUUGAAGACGACCACGAAGCAGGAGAUUAUUUCUCACCCUUGGCUGGACGAUGACUGGGGUCAAGAAGUGAUUCAGCAGAAGAUUACGAAGGAAUAUAUCACGAACGAAGACGACGCGCUAUUAAAGCACCCGUUGAAUUUCCAAGGAAAUUACGCGCUGGUGAAUCAAGACGUUAAAAAUGCCUGGGGAUACCCGAGGGGUUAUGUUAUUCACCCCGGCUAUUCGUCAAUCCAUAACACUGUUGUGGGCUCCAAGAGACUCCUCAAUAACGCCAAUUGGGCACGGUAUAACCUGGCCGUCUCUCGCCGGAAAGAGACCGAGCCCUCCUCGAGCACCAUGUGGAACCUCCAUCUUCCGGGGAAUCCAGUGGUCGACUUUCACAACUUCUUUGACGGCGAAAACAUCACUCAGCAGGAUUUGGUUGCUUGGAUUAACUUGGGCAUGCAUCACCUGCACUUACUAUCCAUCCUCGUGCCGAACCGCAGUUUCGUGCUCACACCACUGAACUAUUUCGAUUACGACAUUUCUAUGGAACUGAAGAACGCGGUCCUCCUCCACAAUCCGGAACGCCAAGGAGACGCGUACUCGUUUGAUGAUUAUGGCGUCAAACAAGACCUCACCUGUCUCCCCGAGCCGCCUUCGCCCUUCGAGUAUCUGGACGCGCGGAUCGUAGGACCGGAUGGAAAUUUGAGAGACUUCGAGAGAGGCGCAGACCUGCGACGGGCAUCCGAGAUGUUUUUACGAGUUAGAGUUGGAACCUAA